UGAUGGGUUCUUCAACCUCCAAGUUGAAAUAUCCUCACUUAGUAGCGUCAAAAUUUCCAAUUACCAAUGAUGGCGAAACUAUUACUUUGAGUGAUGGUAGAAUAAUGGGAUUUAAAGAAUACAAAUUUUUCCAUACCCUUACCGACAAUACCAUAUCUCUACGUAAUCAAGAAUUUGUGAUUCUUUCUAUACCUGGAAUACCAGGCUCAAGAUUUUUCACGCAUCCUUCAUUAUUAUCAAAAGAAAACGAUGAAAAUAUUAACACUAGCGAAAAUAAUGAAAAUAAAGCGUUGAUAAGAUUAAUCGUAUUAGAAAGACCAGGAUUUGGACUUUCAACAUCUGCCAAAAGAAAUUUUAUUGAUUUUUCUAAUGAUAUAAAAGAACUUUGUCAACAAAAAAAUAUUAAAAAAUUUUCUUUAAUGGCUUAUUCUGCAGGUGGUCCUUUUGGUUUAGCUGCUGCUUAUUCUCUAGGUAAACAAAAUGAUAGUUUAAAUGGUCCUAUAAUUAGUAAACUCGCAAUUAUUACUAAAAAUAGUCCAAGUUUAUUGUCAAUUAUAGCACGUCUUGAAGCAAAAUCUGCAUUAAGUGAUCCAGUAAAGGCAGCUUCUGAAAUUCUUUUACUUGGUCCACCAGAUGAUAAGGAAGUGUAUGAAAAAUUUCCAGAAAUUGAGGAAUUAUUUAUUAAAAGUAGUUUGGAAAUGUAUACUAGAGGUCAAGUUGAAACAGCAUGUUGGGAAUAUAGUUUAUGGGGAAAGGAUUGGGGAUUUAAUUUGAACGAAAUUGGGAAAGGAAAAGAUGGGAAUAUAGGUGUUAGAUGUAAAGUUUGGCAUGGUGAAGAAGAUUAUGGAUGCACUAUUGAUAUGGGUAAAUAUAUUGCUGAUCAAAUUAAAGGAUGUGAAACUUGUUUUGAUAAAAA